AUGGAUACAGUGAAAGUUAUUGCAUCGAUUGACCAGGGAACCCAGUCAACCAGGUGUACUCUGUACGAUUCUUCCAUGAACAUACUAGCAUCAAGUAAAUCCAAACACACUCAAUACCACCCAAAAUCAGGGUGGUGUGAACAUGACGCAAACGAAAUCAUGGAUUCUGUUUAUAAUACAAUGAACGAAUGCAUACGGAAGCUGAAAGAAAAGGUAUCAAAUUUCCUUCUUGUGGGAGUGGGAGUAACAAACCAGAGAGAAACAGUGGUGGUUUGGGACAAAGAUACAGGAAAACCAUUACAUAACGCAAUAGUUUGGCUGGACAUUAGAGCUGGCACCGAAGCUAACAAAAUGGUCGAAUUGUAUGGCUCAGACCGACACUUCUAUCACAUAAAUGGGUUAUUGAUAAGUUCAUACUUUUCAGCAUUUAAACUAAAGUGGAUGUCAAAUAAUUUGGACUGGUUUGAUAAAAGAGUAAGAGAAGAAUCGAACCUAACCGGAGAAUUCUUGACGGACAUUACAAACGCAUCAAGAACCUUUCUAAUGGAUAUCAAUACUGAAAAUUGGUCGACGGAAAUGCUAAAGUAUUUUAGAUUUUAUUUAAAAAAUUGUAGAAUAUUUGGACUAACGGGUAAUUUACUACCUAAAAUAAGACCAAAUUGUUCUGAUUUUGGUACUAUUAACAAUGAAAAGGUACCAGGAUUUAAGGGAGUUAAGAUACUGGGGUCAGCAGGAGAUCAACAAGCAUCCUGCAUAGGCCAGGGACUAUUUGAAAACUUAGCAACCAAAUGCACUUUUGGAACAGGAGCAUUUAUCUUAACAAACACAGGUUCGAAAAAGGUUAUGUCAACGGGUGGCCUGUUAUGCACGCCAUGUUAUAAAUUAAGUCCAACAACCCCGACAGUGUUUGCACUAGAGGGUUCAAUCGCAAUUGCGGGAGCCGGAAUUACCUGGUUACAAGAUAUGGGCUUGUUAUCAGACCCUUCAGAGAUCUCAGAAAUAUUGAGAAAAAUCAAGUCAUCAGACGGAGUGGUCUUCGCACCAGCGUUUAGUGGUUUGUUCGCCCCAAGAUGGAGAAAUGAUGCGAGAGGAAGCAUAAUGGGAAUGACACAACACACUGAACGUGGCCAUAUUGUAAGAGCAUACUGUGAAAGCAUUGGACUACAACUUUACGAGAUUAUACAUUCAUUUCUCUCAGAUACAGGUCUACUAUCAAUCCCAUACAUUAAUGUGGAUGGAGGGCUGAGUCAGAAUUCAGAACUGGUUCAACUCAUAUCAGAUUUAACUAACACGAGACUAGAAAGACCAGAAAACCCUGAAAUUACAUCACUUGGGGCAGGUCUGUUGGCAGGAUUGGAAGCCAAAUUGUGGAAUGACUUGACGGAAGUUAAAAAAAUAACAAAUGGAUCAAACAAAACAGUUUGGGAACCUACAAUGUCACCUGAGCAAAGAAUGACGAUCAUUAAGUACUGGAACUUGGGAAUUGAAAGGUCACUAUCAUGGCGUUUAUAA